AUGGAUCAAUGGUAUGCUUUCCUUAUUGCGGUAACUUUGCCUAGGCACCUUAACAGAACUGAGGUUGCGAUGGUGCGCCUUCUUCUGGAAGUUGGCGCGGAGAAGAAUGCAAGAACCUUUGAUGGAAAGACGGCCCUCCACUGUGCAACACAAAACGGUUAUCUCGAAGUUGUCCGGCUCUUGGUGAGCUUCGGCGCUGACAAGGAUCUGCCAGAUGCAAACGGUGAGACAGCUCUUUUCGCCGCUUCGCAGAGAGGCCAGGUGCAGCUCGUGUACUUCCUGCUCGAAUCUGGGUCGGAUCCGAAUCGUUGCAACUGCUGCGGUGCAACUCCUCUCAUUGUGGCUUCUCUUGCUGGCCACGUCCAGGUCAUCCGUUUGCUGUUGGAUGCUGGUGUGGAUGUAGAUUUCCGGGCGAGCUUCGGCGACACGGCCCUGAUCUUGGCCUUGACCGCCGGCCACACGGAGAUUGUCAGCCUACUUCUGGGAGCGCGUGCUGAUCCAGCCGUACGUGGCACCUGGGCCACUGUAGCUGGGGCUCGACGGCUGUGGCUUCAGCGUCUCGGAGGGGUCACCCUGAGAUUGCUCGGCUUCUGCAAGCUUCGGGAGCUUCUCCGGAGCGGGGCGGUGCUUGUGCAGGCUGAGGUGCAGGAGUGGAAGGCGCCCGUGGAGGUAGGGAGGACAUUUCGUGAUGGGGAAGGCUCCGUUCACAUAGCUGUCGGAUCCAAAAAGAUGAUGGAUGGGGCAGCGGCGGGGGGCCGUGUAGGCCAGCCUCGCCUGCACGAGCGAGUGAGGCACGUGCUUGUCAUCCUGGUACUGUUGCCAACCUGUGCCGUGGCUUUGGUUCGCCGGCACCACAAUGGCAUGCAAGCCACUGAGGAGGAGGCUGGCAUGCUCUUUGGGUUGACGCAGGAUGGCAAGGUCUUCUUCCGACCGGAUAACAAGGACACGGCCUUUGUGCAGCUGCGCGGGGAGCCAUGUGGCGUUUGGGGCCAGCCGAUCGACGUAGAUGCCUCAUCUCGCGCAAUCUGGGUGGUUUGCGAGAAGGAUUACAUGACCUCCAAGGGGGUGCAAUGGGAGCACUUCCUCUUCGCGAAGUGGGGAUGGUCAACCACCAACAAUCACGCCGGUCUGGUGGCACAUGAUGCGAGGCGGGCCGAUGUCGGUGUUUCUCCAUUCAGCCAGGUUACGCGCGAAGGCGGCAAUGUUGUGCAGCUGGACGCCGAUGACGAUGCCAUGUGGGGCUUGGACGAGACUGGCAGCAUCCUUUGGCGCCCAGCAGGUGACGUCGGAAAGCACAGUCGUUGGAUGCGCGUCGAUGGACCUCCCGACAUCUCUUUCAAGCUGAUCGCGGCGGACAACAACGACGACGGCACCUGGCUGUGGUGCAUCGACAACGAGGACAGGGUGUGGCGCCGGUCUCCGGGCGACUACCACCUCUCCAACAUGCACAGCAAGUGGACCCACAAGGACAACCAGGGCUUGGAGUUUUGGCCCAAGCCCCAGGGCUCCGUCCUGAAGGACCUCAAGGCGAACCAAGGCUUCGCCAUGGGCGUGGAUGACAAGGGGAACUUGUUGAAGCGAAGCAUCGACGGCAGUGACGAUGGGGAGAACGUUUCGCCCGUGCACUGCUGGUGCGUGGAGCCAUUGGCCCCAAGGCUCUCCGCCGUCACCGACAACGGAGACCACGGCCUCGGUUUCUACUUCCCCUCGCUGCAACAUAAGCAGGAGGUGAGUGGAACCUGGGUCGCCACGGCCAACCGGUGGUUGGAGCUCCUGACCAGCCGAGAUGACGGCCACAAUGCAGACAGCCCCCACGAAGCUUCGCAGUACUUCUCCUACCACUGCAAGCCCCAGGAAGUUGAUCACUGUGCUGGCCUGGACGAGAGCAUCACCGACUUCCUGCAGGGCUGGAGCAAGGUCAGCCGCAAGCCCUGGAAGACCUGGGACUGGGCCCAGCUGAAGGAUGAGUACGGUCACUGCAGCGGCUCCAGCAACGUUUGCCAGAGGCCGCUGAAGCACUAUGGAGCCUUCCGCGAGCGCUUCAUGCAGAACCUCUUUUGCUGCUCCUUGGCCGGGGACGACCCAGGGUGCGAGUCGCCCAUCUGCAACGCGUAUGACAUGACCUGCCCUGGCUCCAGGCUGCUCACUUCGGACUUGGACUGCACGGUCUACCACUCGCGGGACCCAGGCACCUUGAUUCAGAACAUGAGCCUCCUGGCGGCGGAGCGGCUCAAAGAGCACGUGGACGACGAGGUCCCAGACCUCUCCGUGCUUUUCGACGUCUCCCUCUAUGGAACCUGGACAUGGAUUCCAGAUGAGGUCUUCAGUCGCUUCGAUUGGCCGGCCUCGUCCAAGUCCCUCUUCGAGCGCGUGGAGGGCAAGGAGGGGGCUGCUGUCUGGGUCUUCCGGCGAAAGUGCACCAACUCGGCUCGCGAAGCGAUCCUAAACAAGGUGAAAAGGAUCAUCCACGUGGGCGCAGAGGAGAUCACAAGCGAAAACCUCGACAAGCUCACCGUGGCAUUGCAACGCUUCGUCGGAAACCUCGCAGAAGGCAAAUACGGCUAUGGACGGCACAUGCGAGAAUGGGAUCGGCUGUACCAGGACUUCCGCGCCGUCUCCAGCGUGCAGCGCGAGGGCUACCUCACCUACGCGGCCACCUUGGAGGUUGUUGGUCGUCAGCAGGUGGGCCUUCCGACCACCUUUGCAGAGGACGUGGGAAGGCUCGUGCGGCAGGCAGCGCAGGCUGUGGCCCAGCCGCUAGCUGGAGUUGGCUGUGCCCGCUGGCUGUUGCUUCCGGCAUCACGGUUCAAACAUAUUCUCGAGGAUGUCGGCGACGUGUGCUUGCUUUAUGGCUCACAUCCACUCGCUCGCCUUCCGCCAGCGAAGCGGGGAAAUGUUCUCCAAGAUGUAGUUCGAGGCGUGCUCUCCCAAAGGUUUGGAGAGCAAGCGCAAAGCCCAGAGCCUGAGCUCGACAUCAACGGAAGGCUGCGGAGGCGAGGCGCAGAAAGCUACGACUUCGCACUCGGCGGUCGACGGAUCGAGUGCAAGAGCGCACAGCUGUACUGGGAUCGCAGCGUGAUGGCCUGGAUGGCGAGAUUCCGAAACAUCAAGCUGAAUCAAGACCUUUUCGAUGAUUUGUACUUGGCCCUGUAUAGCCCAGAUAGCCUUCUGAUUCUCCAGCACGACCUACGCACGCGAAUGUACAGCCAAGGGCGGCUCUCAGAGGAACGCGGCUACGCGAUACAGUUGCGAAGUGGCCGAAAUCUGGCCUGGAAGGAAGGCUUGGAAGACAUCGUCCAGCAGCUGCUCUGUCCUGGAAGCAAUUGUCAACUAAUUGCAAUGCUGAGCGUGCCCGGGCCUGAGGUUGCAGCAGCCUUGGAAAGGGCCGAAGGCGGUGUUGCCCAACAUCUAACUAAGCAGGCUUACGAGGGAACACCACUUCAAUAUGCCAGCCCAACAGUCCGCGGAUUGCGAGUCGAAGCUGUCGCCUUUGACAUCGACAAGCUGCUCAACCCAGAUGCUUCGUUUCUGAGGACUUGCAAGGAGAAGUCAGGCCACAACAGCUUGAAGGGCCUGCAUUCUGCAAGUGCAGACUGGCUGAGAGAUACCUGCCGGAUAGAAGUUAAGCACAGCCGAAUGAGUUUCAAUCAAACGCACCAGUAUUGGAGGUGCAUGUUCUCCGACAUCAAGUUUGCUUCUGUCAAGACAGGCAUGGCUCAAUACUUUGAUGAACUGUGGCUAGCAGUGUUUAGUCCACGCGGACUACACUUCUUCAAGCAUAAGGCCGGCUUUGGCAUGCCGGCCGACACUGCCCACGCGCGGUGUGCCGGUGGGCGGAUUUACGUUUAUGGCCCAAAAAAACAGCCCGAUGUGAACUUAGCGUUGGAACGGAUACUCGUCAACCUUUGCCGCGGAGGUUGUGAACCGGUUGACUACCAGUGCAUGCGGCAAGUCAGCUUUCUCGAGCAGCUGGCCUUCAUUGCACAGCACAUCCAGGUGGAUGUCCCCGAGGACAUCUCCGAAAGCACUUUCAACGACGACAUCACGGCAAUGCUGCUGAAGUCGGGGAAGUACUUCGACCGCCUCCUUGAGGUGGAUGGCCCAGGCUACGAUGAGGGGCGCACCGCCAGGAGUCGGGCCAUGAAGACCCAUGGGGACAACUCGGUGCUCUGGCGGGUGUUGGAGACCGUGCACGGCUCCAAUCACCUGGGGACGGUGGUCAACGACAUGUGCAGCUGGGAUCCCGCUUCCUCUUUGUCCAUGCAGCCUGGCAGUACGUGA